AUGGAGGAUCUCAGCUCCAGUCCGAACCUUCAUCCUACCGAGCCAACCAACUCAUCGUCGUCACCUUCACCACUUCCAAUUCUUACCAAGGAAACGGUCCAAGAAAAUCCUACGACUACAUGCAAACCGCAAGGGAAGUCCCGAUACCCGUCACUCGAGGCGAAUCCGGAUACAGCCGCCAAGCUGAAGCGUUUCGCGCAGCGGCAGUUCAUAGCAGGCUUCGACAAUACACGAGUCGAGUGGCCGGUGAAAGGGGCAUUCCCGGAGAUCGAAUCUGGUCAUCCUUACAAGCAAGCAGUCGAGCGGGUCCGCAAAUUCUACGGGAUCUGGAAGAGUCACGGUCUGAAGCAUGCACCCAAAUGCUACGAGCGCUGGGUGUUGUCCCAGCCAGAGAACGAGCGAGAGAGACUCGCACAAUGCACAGAUUUCAAGGAGCUACGUUGUGCCCUGAGUGCCGCAUACGAUGUAGAAUGGGCUUCGUACAUCUUCUCUUGGGCUACGAGUGUCGUCUCGUUUCAAGACUGCUCUUCACUGGGGCAAGAAUUCCUAAAGUACUGUACCAUACAGCUUAUGGUCCGUGCUCACUUAACUGCUCUCCGUCAAAAGUCAUCAAGUCCUUCUCCGGAGCUGGCAAAGUUCGACCGUCGGUAUUUACUCGCGUCAUUCGAUGGUCUCCACACCCACGAGAAAUGGAGGAACUUGACUGUGGAGGACUUCCCAUUUCGAUCUGUGCCAGCUCUGCGGAAGCGAGCAUGCCUGAGGCGAGUUGAUAUGAAUGCUGACAGUGAUGGCGAUGUUGAGAUCGAGGGAGAACAGCCUAGGACGAAGGCGCCCGCACACCGUUCUCCGGAUUAG